UCUAACUGUCAAAUUAAUUUUAGUUUAGGUGUAUAGGCUGUGAAGACGUAAAAAUUCAGGACGGAAAAUCUGGUAGUGUUUUUUGGGCUUAAAUUUGCCUCUGAUUAAGCUGAAAAUAGUAUUAACGCAUAGCGGAACUUAAUUAGCAGUGCAAACAAGAGACGAAAAAGCCGACCGAGCUCAACUGCCAGCGUUAACAGCAGUUUUCUCUUGUCUCUUGCAUUUCGCGAUAGUCACCAGCGGAACCGACGAAACUUCUGAUAACCGAGUGAAAAGUGCCACGAAACUAGGCGCUCCUGUAACAGCAAUGUCCAGAUUCGACGAUAACCCGUUCGGGGAACCGAUCGUGGAUAAUCCGUUCGCGGACCCAUCCAUUCGGGAGGCCACCAGAAAUACCGUUGAUCCCCAGCAGACCCUGGACGACUAUGAUCCCUUUUCCAAUGACCCUGUACAACAGCGAACGACAUCCCAGAACACCUUCGGUCAGCCCGCGACGCUGCUGCCUUCGUCACAGACAGUUCCGGCGUACAGUGCGAGCGCGGCGCAAUACAACAGUAAUGCAGCGGUACCCGGGGGAAGCAGUCCCGCCGCCAUGACCCAGAUAUCCACCGCCGAAUUACAGGAACUAAGGCGGCGCCAAGAUGAACUGGAGAAGAAAGCUCAGGAGCUGGAGCGACGCGAGGCAGAAUUGAUGAACAGUUCCAGUACCAACCGACCGAACAAUUGGCCUCCGUUACCGUCGUUUUGUCCAGUGCAGCCGUGCUUCUAUCACGACAUCAACAUCGACAUCCCGUCUGAGUUCCAGAAGAUUGUCCAGAAUCUGUACUAUCUGUGGAUGUUCUACGCGCUGGUUAUGGUGGUUAACAUACUGGGCGGUCUGGUGAUACUGAUUCAUUCCGGAGACUUUCGUACCUUCGGGCUAGGAAUGUUCUACGCGAUUCUUUUCACACCGGCUUCCUUCUUGUGCUGGUAUCGCCCGGCGUACAAGGCGUUCAAAAAUGAUUCCAGUUUCAAUUUUAUGAUGUUCUUUUUCAUCUUCUUCUUUCAAACAUUGGUCACAAUUAUUCAAACGAUCGGAUUUCCGGGGUCGGGAACUUGUGGUGUUAUAAUGGCCAUCCAGCAGUUUACGUCCGGUGGGGUUGGCAUACUGGUGGGUAUCUUUGUGCUGGCCAUCGCUGUUGGCUACGGUGCGUGUGCUGCUGGAAAUGUAUUCAUGCUGAGCAAGAUCCAUGCAAUCUACCGCAGCGGCACGGAAACGAACCGCAUUACAAUGGACAAAGCACGCCAGGAGUUCCAGUCGGGCUUCUUCGGCAAUCAGAUCGUACGGGAUGCGGCCGCCGGCGCUGCGCGGGCCACCGUUCAAUCGCAGUUCAGCCAGAACAGCGCUUAUUGAUAAAAACACCCUGAAACCCACUUCGCCCAAAAUACGUGAUACAUUCUGCUGGAGUAUAAACGUGCUACAACUUGUGUAAUGUCUAAUCCACGUGUGUGUGUGUGAACAAGCAUUUUGUUUUAUCAUAGAAAAAUAUGAAAACACUCACAGCACACAAUAUGAAGAACAUGUUAUAUUAUCACUAGGGAACCAGAAAACGAUUUCUCUGAUGUUAGUCAAAUGUAUACCACAAAAAUAAAGGAAAAGGUUUCCCAAACAUGACUAGUACCACUCGUAAAAACUAACCUUUACAAAGAAACAAACCUACAUUUGUAAACCAAAGGCAGAUUAGGCGGUUAUUCUGGUUUUCUGAUAGUUGUUGAAUUCAACCGUUCCUGAUUAAAUAACAUAAUAUCAUUAAAAUAUAGGUGCCAAACUCUACUGGUGUUCCAAAUCAGUCUCAUAAUAAUUCUCACAUUUCAAAACUAUCGGUGUUAGUAUCGAGAAUCUUUACUUACAUUUUGUAUGCUUUUCAAACAACGAAACCUUAUUGCAAACUAAAUCCAUGGCCCAUAUUGCACGUCGCUUAAAGUUUUAUUAUACCUAAGUGCCAGAAUAGUCGCCAGAGUCCAGCUCAAAAAAGCAAACUCAUUUCUCGCCGGUAAACUUGAAGGCAAGCAAAAGAUGCAACAGCAGAAUUAAUGUAAAUCUUAUUAAAAAGCAAGUCACUUAUUUAUCAAAAGCUAACAGAGUGCAGGAAAAUAUUCACAAUGCAAAAAAUUCAAAACUUCAAAGAUACCGGAUAAUGUAAAAAAAGUCAUGCUUGAAAAUAUGGAUUCUUUGUAAAAUACGUUCAAUCGCUUGGUUAUUGUAUAUGAAAAAUAAUAAGUUGUUAUAUUGUCGAAAUAAUUAGCUAGAAAACGAGAUUUCUCAAGUGGGAAAAGAGAAAAAAAAAUCAAUUCAUAUAAUCCAUUUCCCGUCUAUUCAUAUUUUUUGCUUGAACUUGAUUGUCUUACAAAAUAAGUUGGUGAUUCUAUGUUAUGUACCUUACGGAUGCUGCACUUACCUCAUUGUUAGUUCUCUUCGAUAAUUAAACUGGAAAUGGUUUAGCCUGUAAUAAGAGACAUUCUAUCAGUAACACAGAUGUAUUGGCGCAUACACUAGCAAUAAAUGGUAUUGUACAAGAAAA